AUGGCGGAUUCUAGGGAUUUUCUACCACUGCUCAACCAUGAUAUGUCAUUGAAAAUUUUCUCGUAUUUGGGAUCAGCUGACGUUGUUCGCGCUAGUGCUGUUUCACAUUCCUGGCGCGCAUUUGUGAUUGCAAAUGGAGUCUCUAAGAGUCUUUGCUUAAGGCGGUAUCCAGAAACAUCAUGCGCUAUAAAAGCCAUUGAAGAGGAGAAUAUAAUAGAGCCUUUGGAAGUCGAGACCAACGGUAAUGUGGAAAUGGAGAAGUUGAAGAAAAACCAUCGAGUCUAUGCCUUCCUAGCACGAGGGGGGGAAUCUUACUGGUCAAGUGAAAGAGAGAGCAAUCCUGAUCUUCCCGAGACAUUGACGUAUAAAUUGGUACCCAAAUUGUGUUUCAUUACUAAAAUUAGAGUCCAGCUAUUUCAAGCCUCGGCCAAGGCUGUGCGAUUUCGAAUGGGCCACUUCAGGACGCCAGAACGAGAGACUGAUCUUGUUGGUGAUUAUGAGGCACAUCCCAGAUCCAUUGAAGAUCACGAAGUGUGGACAUACACCUCACAAAAGUUUCCAAUGCUUCAGGAAACUUGCUUGCAAAUGUUCAGUUUACCGAAACCUGUUUUUGCCAUUGGUGGACUUCUGCAGAUUGAACUGUUGGAUCGGGUUCCUGGCCCCUUACACGUGCGUGUGUCUCAAGUUGAAGUCGUGGGACGCCAACUCACAGGUGAUUUCAUUGUUGAGCCAAUUGGUUGCUCCGGGGAAUACGCCCUGAAGCAUAUCCCAGGUACAGAAUGUACCAGAUAUUAUCAAUGUGGAGACUGUGGUCGCUGCUGCCAGUGA